AUGUCGCAAACAAAGCUUCACAACCCUCCGCCUACGACAGAUUUUUUAUUUGUCAAUAUUGCGCGACCGCAGGAUAUCAAAAAUCGAGGGACGCAAAAGAAAAUUAAUAGCCAUGUGAUGAAACCGAUUGGCCUCACUCGAAGGCGCCACCGGCCAAACAAGACGAUACCGAUUACUCUGCCAUCGCCGCCUCAUUCAGACUCAAACAGCUCUGAAAAACUACCCGUCUCGACUGUUGUUAGCACGGCAGACUCUCUUGCACCUGGUCAAAAUGCGCGAGAUCGUGAUGAGUCAGAUCAUAAUGCAUCAGCCCAGGAUACAUCAUCAGCUCCCAUACCUCGGCACUGCCUGCGUCUCAUCCCGUCUCCCGUUCCCGAACAAAAGAAGUUCAGAUCACUUCCCAUGUCGGCGCGCACAAGUAAAAUGAUUCAUUUCUUGGCUAUAUCUCAAGAGGCGCCUGUAUGUCAGCUGAUGCGGGAACUUUGUUUCUCUCUGUCCUUCGUCGAUGAAAGUGCCUUUCAUUUAGCUCUGGCUCGUCUUGAGGUCGACCCUGAGCGCACUGGAGGACAAGAACCACACGAGACCGCUUCCAGUCUGUUGCAGUAUGAUGCCUCGGUUGAAAGUCUGAGGCAAAGGUUUGAUGGCCCGGUUGUUCAAGCUCAUGAAGCCAUCAUCGGUGUGGUUGUUAAUUUGGCAAGCUACGAUCUGUUUACCAAUAACCUCAAAAGGUGGAAAACUCACAUGUAUGGGCUACAAAAUAUGAUUUUGUAUAGAGGAGGUAUUAACACACUUACCUCACGAUAUAUACGAGUUACAGCUAUCUGGGUGGACUUGAUCGGUUCCAUGGCUUUGGAUCAAGUACCUUACUUGGCAUUCCAGAAGAACCAUGCAGAUAGGUCUCAAAAAAUAUGCGAGGUGGUGGGUUCGUCGCUAGAUGUUGAGAAACGCUGCCACGCAGAUGUCGACAAGAUUCUCCAGAUGCUUUCGAAAUUAUCCAGCUUGGCUACAGGAAAGUCUGAGUUUGAACAGAGUCAGGACGAAGAUCUCCUUGAAGCUCUACAAACAACAAUUCAUACUGUCCUCACGUUGCCUCGAUAUGGGAGCCUCGGGGCAGACGAAGGUUCGCGCGAGCUUUGCUUAAGAACAUAUGAGAUAGUCCGACUUGCAGCCCUUCUAUAUCUCUCGGGACCGGCAACAUUUCUAGCUGGAAACAGACGCUUCAACUUGGUAACUCCACAGUUCAGAGGACAAUUGUCAAGACUGUAUGGUGAGCAGGGACUGCCAUGUUCGGUUCCUGAGCAUUUGAAACUGUUUGUCUUAGUUGCUGGAGCUAUUGUUGAAGUGGAUGGUGAGAGACAAUUCUUUGUAGAUCAUCUGAGUCAUAUUGUAUCGCUGAGGAAGUUGAGUUGGGAGGAUGUGAUGAGUGAGCUUCGGUCUAUGGCGUGGUUUGACGUUGUUUGGUCAACGGACCUGGAUAAGUUGCAGGGCGACUUGGCUAUUCAAAUGAUGGACCUAUGA